UCGUACUCUCGUAUGGUACCAUACAUACCGUACCUCAUGAGGAGGUACGAUUAAUAAAUGUUGCAAUACGCAAUACGUAUCGCACUACUACCAGGUACGUAGCGGUAAAGAAAUAUUUUUAUCGUUCAAAUCAAACGCCAGUCAAAAUUGACUUGUGCGGGCUGGCGUAACGGCUUCUAGGUUUUUUGUGAAAUGUUCCCCGUUUGAUACGUGCUUCUAGAGGAUUACCGGAAUGGCAGUUUCUUUUCACAUUUUCAAACUGUUCUGCCAGGACGAACGGGGAAGUCGAGCAAAAAUAGUGUUGCCAUAGGUUCGUACGGUUCGUACAGUCGUCGUUCUCAAGACAACAAAACUACAAUCCUUAGGCAAGAAAGUUCACACCACAAUUACAUACAUACCAGUAGUGAGAUUCUCCUCUUCUCAACUAAAGUUGGAUUGCACAAGCCCGUCAGAUCAACAAAAAUGGCGUUGCCAAAAUUCCCCCGGAAGAACGAUGGUUCCACUUCGAGAAUAAUUAUUGUUGUGACGGUCGUUACUGUGCUGGUCCUUUUCGUAUCUUUGACAAAAGAAACAUCUACAAUCACGACAAUGGAAAGUUACGUGUCGAGAGCAACAUCGACUGAUAUGGUGUAUGGUUCCUUAUCUGGUGAGAGGAGACGAUCUAUGAUGGAAUGGAGAGACUCCUCCAAGAACAAAUGCAACGAAUUGAUUGAAACUAUUGGAAAAAAUGUUGAUGGGGCUGCCAUGGAUCAAAAGGAAUCGUUAGAACGAUCCUUUGUGAGCAAAAUUUCCUUGAAUGCCCAACCAUCUAAGAUUAGUGGCUCCAAAGAGAACCCUUAUCAGCGCUGCCGAAACGUUUUCAUCGAUCUCGGUAGCAAUAUUGGGGACUCAGUCGGAUACUUUAUCGAUAAUGCCAUUGAUGUUUGCAGUCCCAUGUGGGCCGCUGCCAACCCAGAAACAAAAUUAGGCGUUAGGUGGUUCCCACGACCACAUCUUAAUGUGACGAGUCUCGAAUUUAGUCAUCGGGGAUCCAAAGCGAACCCGCUCUUUGGAUUGUUGCAACAGCAAAUGAAGGAAUCGCCGUCGGCAACGUCUGAAAGCUUUUGUGUAUAUGGUAUGGAGGGAAAUCCAACAUUCACCGAACGAUUGACCAAGCUAGAAAACUUUAUCAAYGAUAUGAACCCGCGUCCUAUUCAACAUGUGCACAUUUUUACAGAAUCGGUAGUUACGGCAACAGACGGACCAACGAAGUUGUACCUUGACAAAACGUCUGUGGAACAAAACGUAAGAAAUUUACAAACUUCUUCUUGCUUGCAUAUUUUUGUAUGAAUCAAAUGGAAUGGGUUGAAAUUGCGAAUUUUAUCGUGGAAAUAAACGAGGCAUUUGAAUAUGGCACGACUGCAUAGAAACUAUGUUUUGUGGAUGAAACAUUUCGAUUCUCUAACUUUUCAUUUGCCUUGAAAACAUUUCCAUUCGUCAUAGUUCUGGGGUUCCAGUAUUCUGUCUAGUCAGCAGGAUGCCGUAAAAUCGGCAAACGAACUCAAUAAUGGCAAUACCUUCAGUGCCGAUGUAACGGGUAUAAAGCUUUCAACUAUGGUACAAUCGACUAUGAUGGCGCUAAAAGCAGAUGCGACUAAGGAGGAGCAAUCCGGUGGGCUUCUCAUUGUCAAAAUGGAUGUGGAGGGUGCAGAAUACCAGGUCUUGAAAGAGGUAGCCGCAUCGGAUAUUUUGUGCAAGUUGACGUCGUUGGGCAAUCGAGUUGUUUUCGUGGUAGAAUACCACAACAUGAGUAUUACGGAUCCAGCAGAACGACGACGAGAAAAAGAUGGAUUCCAGGACGCUGUGAAGAAAAUCGAGGCUUGCGGUGUGGAAUUCAAAUCAUUAAGUGCUAGCUGGGCCUAAGUGCCUCUUCAGGUACAACAGACAAAACGCAGCAAGAUAAUGUAGGUUGCGACAUUAUUGUGGAUGUUUCAAUUAUUAAUGUCUGCAUACAGAUUCUAAGAAUCAGUGGUUUUCGCAUAUCCCUCCUUCAUCGGUGACAAUGUACUGGAACCUACAAAUGAUGACUUGUCCUUGCAAUUAAGUCAAUUUUAAUACCUUGUUAAAUACGUACAGUAAAAAGCUAAGAAGAGGAAAUUUGGGUGUGUGGCUCGUCACUAGCUUAUUCUGGAGCUUCUGCGAAACAACCGAUACCAUUUCAUUACUAACAUUCUGCAAAUGAAACGAAGCUUUGUAUGUGAAUCUCUAGUACUUUGUAAGAAGUGAGUAUUUGUGAGUAUUACGCAUCUUCUCAAACCUAGUCGCAAUGAAUAAAUUGUGGGCGGUGUGGAGAAAGAUUUGUGAAUGUAUAGAUUGUCAGCUGUGCGAGGAAUAUUCUUGUUCGUGUAUGAGCCAGACUUAUAAUUGGUAAUCUAUGAUAAUGGGCAGCUUAUUACUGAAUUGUAUUCUAGAUAYCAUGCGAAGCAACUGAUGAUAAUUUAUCAAUUGGAUUUUUCAUUGAGAUUCGGUUCAUCUCGAUUGCCUAGAAGUAGCUCGUUCUUUCAUUCCCGCGUUCUCACGAUACUGAUCUCUUCAAAAUGGUAGGAUUGAAGAAAUAACGAAGAAGAAAUUGAAAAAGGAUGUGCUCUAAUUUCAUCUCUAUUGGCUCUUAUCGAUUUAUAUCUAAUCGCUACCACAGCACAAGAAGUAGCCACUAGACCCCUUUUUGUCAAGCGGCCAAAUCGGCUUUCUUGUCAUCGUCACUUUCUGUUUCACUGCCACUCCCCUGCCCCUCACCCAGUUUCUUCGAUGCUUUCCUUUUUUCUUUCUCGUUUGGCGGUGGAGGUGGAGGCAAAGAAUAAAAUAGAGCCCGCUUACGCUUCUUGAGAGUAGCAGAAUCAAUGACACCCUCGAAUUGACUAAGCAACUCCAUGUGAUCCUUCACUUCCCUCAAUAGAUCUCGACGACUUCUUUCAUUUUCCUGCUGUAUUGUUGGGACAUCCUGCCUCAUGUGAUUUUGCUGCUGAUAGCGUCUGGCGUCACCAACUCCACCGUUCAACAAGCUGGUCCCCGUGGUAUGAGCGGCCGCCGACGCGGCCGACGCCUUUUGGCCAGCAGCUACAAUCAAAGGUGAUUCUCGAAGCACAAUUGCUGCUGGUUGAGAUCUUGCGACUUUUGAAGUGGAGCGACCAGGUGUCCUGUUCAUGGUAGCUCCAAGGCUAGAAGUAGUGGAUGCGGCUGGAAGAAUGGGGUUGUAAGAUUCUAAACCACCUGCUGGUUUCUCUCGGGGUACACUAAUUUCUCGUGCGCAUGGCUCGGGAAAAUACGGAUCGAGUUCGMCUUUCCGGUAAUAUAUUUUGUAGGCUAAGAAUAGAUGACUGUGGGUAUAUUCAAAUUGAAUGGGAUAGGGCUCAGACCCUGGCUCAAUGUUUGGGUGCGCUUUGUCGUAGAUGUUUUCUACAAAAGACCGAUAAAUUUCGUCGUGCGUCGAUGUCGAUGAAACUUUUGUGUUCUUCUUCAUAAACUCUUSUACCUGCUCGGCCACUUUUUCGACAUCCUUCGACAGUCUGGACGCCCUCGCCCACAUCGAUUCCGGAUUUAGCGGUUCCCUGCUGGUUCCUGUUCUCCACAUGAUUUCUUCCCGUUUUCCCUGUGUAUCCAACCCCACCAUAGACGAUUCACCGCUGAUUUCUUCCAACAGAUAUUUCGCUUGAUCAAACACUGCUAAUUUCCGCUGAAAGGGACGAAGAGAAGGCAWUUUGUCCUUGAGGCAACGAUUGGCCUCGAACAUGAGAACCGUCUGAAAGGAUCGUCGCAUGACCGGGUCAUAUACGCCC